CUCUCUCACUCACACAAACACGCACGCACGCACACACUCAUCUUCAUAUUUGUACUGUUUGUCUAUUGUCUGUAUUUUUGUAUUGUAUCUGUGCAUGCACCAUGUCGGAAAACCACCCAGCAGUCUUCGAAGAUCCUAGUGAGGUCAGAUGGCAUAUGGCUGCUGAAAUAAGCAAGGCUCUUCUCAACGAGGCCAGGGCUGCAAUGGGAAGCCAUGUCCCUCAAAAAAGAAAGAGGACUAAGAGAGGGAAAGCAGUCGCAAGCGCAGCGGCCACAAGUAACAGACGUAAGAAACGUCAAAAAAAACAAAAAACGUUGUGCAUUAGCUUCUGAAGUUCAAGUGAUCACAGUGUCUGAGGAAGUCCCUCACAUCGAAGAAGAGAUGACUGCAAGUCUUGAUACACGUCUUCAAUAGCUGAGGGACACGCUUGACUCAGUUGAGGUUAAUGUGGCAGCUGAAAAAAACAGCAUGGGCACAGCGGCAGCUACACGCUGAUACAAGGGCAAAAGCAGCAAGGCCAGUGCUGCUUGAUGCUAAACUGUCCGCUGAAAGAGAUGUCAACCAAAAAUGCACUAUAUAGGUUUGACGUCUUCGACGCUUUUGCUCACAUUAAAGUUUCGGCUCCUUCGAUGUCAAGGCAUGCCUUUUUAAAGCUACUGGAGCACCGUUCUGUUCAGGCUGGAAGGGCAGAUAACAGUGGAACAUGUGGCGUUUCAAGGUUCAGGGCAAGUAAGGAGAUGUCAAAAAAAUCAUCGUCCAAAAUAGAUGAAGAGGGCAUACAAGUGGCAGUCUGCAGACACGGGAUAUUGCUGCGUGGACUGGACCACUACCGUGGCGAGGUCUUUGCCGACCCAAUGUUUUUACAGAAACAAUUGUCAGAGAGGGCCAAUGUCACUUUCUUCUGCAUGGAUGUUGUCUGCAGGUACUGGCAGCCAUACCUAAGCAAAGCGACUGAAGAAUCAUCCGAUCUUCAACCACUGAUGGAAAUGAGGCCAUUUCUUAGUGUGAUGCAUGCCAAAGCUCAUACAGCAAAAUGCGAGGUGAGAUGGGGCGGUAUGAAUCAGGAUGGAGCAGGGAACACUGUUGGAGAGGAAGUUGAGCAAGUAAACAGCUUUCUAUCCAGGGCAGCUCUUGUCACAAAGUACAUGACAAAGGCAGGGAGAGAGAAUAUGCUUACGCAACAGGCCAUGGGGUGGAACAGAAAAAAGACAGAGAACCUUCAUAAAGUCUUAGCCUGCAGAUACAUCAAAAUUUCCGAGAAGGUAAAGCUGGAAGUUGCCAGCUUCAGUGAUUUCCGCCAGAAGAAUGACAUCACUGAACAAACAGCACAGCAGUGGGUGUGUGAUGUUCAGCAGUGGGCAGUCACAGAGCCAGGGAGCACAGCAGAACAGGGAGCAACAGAGGAUCUCAGGGCUGAGAUAGAGAGCAUCAUAGUGGCUCUGCUACGCAAGAAGCAGGAACUCUAUCGUCAGCAUGAUAGCAACCAGACAAGACAGAUAAAAAGAAGAAAAAUAAGAGAAUUAAAAAAAAAAUGAAACAAAAGAUCCAGCUGUACAAUGCUAUUGCAGAAGAUAAAAUUGAUGAGGAGUUGGGCUCAAAUUCGACAGAGGACUACAUCCUGCCUUGGGAGAGACGUGAGGAUGGUCACUCCUUCAGGUUAAAACGGUCUCUUGAGGAGGAGCAGAGCAUCCUGGUUAAGGAGAUGUCUCAGCACAUCACAUCUCUCCAUAAGGAGAUAAAGGGAGUGGAGAAGCUGAAAGAGAACAUCAGAAUGGGCUGUGCUCUCUCAAACUUAUUCUCUGCACUCCUGUCAAGUCCCUCUCUCUCUCUCAACCUCUUAAUUCUGUGCGCGCUCAACUCUUGACAUGCUCGCUCAACGUGCAAGAGCGUUACAAGUGUGCCACAAAAUCAACCAAUCGGAAAAUUAAAGAUUUUGGUGACUUGUCAGAGGAUGCUGCAGCUGGUUUCAAAAGUGUCCUCAUGCGGAGGUCUUAUGCACUGGAGAGUUUAUGCCAACAAGCUGUGAGCACGGAUAGUGCUAUAGUUGAUGACCUCCAGAUACAGGACACAGAAUGCAGAUCGGACACUGAUGACGAAUAUAACCUUAGUAGUCCAGAGUCAGAAGAAGAUUAGAAAGGAGACCACUCUGUUUUGUUUUUAAAAUCUGCUGAUCCUUUCUUUUUCAACUUCAACAAUUUCCAGCUUGUCUUCAACAACCUCCAGCAAGCAAUAAUUUAUCGCUGCAGAAUGGCCAGACUCUGGCUACCUUUUAUUAGCAGGCUAACCCCCAAGCUAUCAGACAUGUAAAUAUGCACUAACCCUAUGAUAAUUCAGUUAUCAACAUUAGGUGUUGUUAAUUGUGAAAUUAUUUUGCACUGCAACUUCAUAUACUUCAAUCAUGAGUGUGUAAUAUAAUUGCAAUAUUGACUGAAUGGAUUGGCCCUCUGGGUGGACUGUUUUAUGCAUUCUGGACUGUGACAUUUCAACCUCAACUUUAGCACUUAAAGGACAAUAGGGAGCUCAUUUAUGCUCUAUUGAAUUUUCUUGUGUCAGAUGUGUUUUGUGGUACAUGUGAGCACACAAAGAUAGAUUUCUUCAACUGGAAAUGGCUACAAUAAACUUGAAUGAAUUUGAAAGUGUAAAUAAUUUGUGAUUGUAAAAAGUGCAUAAAGUACAUA